AUGGUAAUUGGAAAAGCAAGGUUCCCAUUGGUACUUAAGCAUGCAUUAGACAAGGCUACACCAGCAUCUAUUUCGGAUGCCUUUGCAGUGACCGGCAUAUGCCCUUUCAAUCCUGAUGCUGUUGACAAGUCACAGUUGGUUGCAGCGUCAUUUGAAAAAUACAAGCAACGUUCUACGGACAGUGACAAGGAUGUUGUAACGACGUGUACCACGUGCGGCUCUUACGCGAGAAACCCCCUUGUUGUUCAUGGUUUAAUUCCCCAGGAGUUGUCUGAUAUAUUAAUGCCGCCACCAGUUAAACCACAGCCACAGAAGAAAAGUAGGCGGCUAGUAACAGAAGCAAGACUGAUAAGUGGUGCAGAUAUGCUUCAACAACUUAAGGAAAAAGAAGAAGAGGAAAUUAAGAAACGCGAGGGUAUCGAAAGAAGGAAAAUAGAAUUGAAAGAAAAGAGAGAACUCAAAACUAAAAUGGAGCAGGAAAAGAAGGCUAAAAGAGAGCAAGAGAAAGAAGAACGAGUGAAGAGAAGAGAACAGCAAGAAGAAGAGAAGAGGCAGAGAAAGAUUACCAGGGAAGAACAAAAACAAAAAAGGAAUAAAGAAAGAGAAGAAAAACGAAAGCAAAAGCAAAAGUCGACGGUUCAUGUAGCAGAGCAUCUUGCUGCUAGCUUCUAUGCUUGUGAUGUAUGUGGAAUAAGCGGUGAAGCUGAUGAUGAAGAGCGGGGAAUCGCGUGGUAUGGCUGCGACAAAGACUGUUGUCAACGCUGGUACCAUGAUGACUGAUUAAGUCUUGCUGAGAUGGAAUGGGUACUUGAAAGUCUGGAAGAUAGUUCCAGCUGGUAUUGCAGACUUUGCAAGCCAUGGCUCUACCAAGAAGAGUAAAUCUGUGCUUACUGUGACAAUUGUGUAACUGUUAUUUUAUUGUUUUUGUGUUUUGAUAAAAAAGCAAAGCAAAGUGAUAAAAAUUACUGAAUAUCAAAUACGAUAAAUGAUUUAUAAAGAAUUAAUACGUUUAUUGUGUUAUUAUUUAAUAGCCCAUACACCCCAUGUACGGGCCUCACCAUGGUUCGUGUCUAUUUUUAGUGACAACUUGGGGUUUUCCGAUAUUUUAAACUUGCCUUUUAUAAGUAGAAGUUCCCUUGAUGAGUAUUUUUGUGAUUUAUUUUGAUUCACGACUAUAAAAUGUUAUUAAACUAAAUGUCCGGUAAAUUGAGUUGUAUGUACGUUUUUUUUGGCUUUUAUAAUGCCCCACUUUAAAGACGCUUUUAAUGGUCAGAAUCAUAAAUCUUAAGCAUGAAAAUAUAUCGAGAACAUAAAUUAAGAACCUAAAAUUAGUUGGGUAAAAUUUCAUGAUUUUUUAUUGUUUUGAAUAAAAGUUACAGCUAAAAAACCUCAUAUUUUGUCCGGUAAUACGUAGGACC